AUGCCUAAGAAAACGAAAGAAGGCGCAGAGUGGGUGGACGAUGAAGUGGCCCCCGGCCAGCUGAAACGCAAGGAAAACAGAAAAAAGAAGAAAGACAGGCGGAAAGGAAAAGGUGGGAAUGCAGCUGACGAUGACGAUGAGGAUGUCAUGCUGAAGCUGAAGAAGCUCUCGGUGCAGGCCAGUGAUGAGGAAGACGAGCCAGUCAUCGCCCCCAGCAAAGGAAACAAGAAAACUAAGGGUGGAAACAUCUUCGCUGCUCUCAGCCAGUCCCAGAGCGACGAGGAGGAGGAGGAGGACGCUGAUUUGGACGAAGAAGAUAAACCAGCAAGAAAGUCGCCAGAUAACGAUGAGGACAACAAGCCUAAGAAGGGGAAGAAAGAGCAACAGAAGAAAGGAAGACCUGCUAAAGCAUCACGCAGCGAAGGUGAAGAGGAAGAGGAGGAGGACAGUGACGAAUGUGACACCAUGAAGUGUGCAGAGGAUGUGAUCGCAGAGCAGGCCCAGCAGCAGGACGACGACCCGUUAGCUAACCUCAGCAAGAAGGAGAAGAAGAAGAUAAAGAAACAGCUGGAGUACGAGCGGCAGGUGGCCAGUAUUCGCGCUCAGAAUGCUUUGGAGGGAGAUUUCUCCAUCUCCCAGGCCGAGAUUUCCUCCAGACAGGCCAUGCUGGAGAAUGCCUCUGAUAUCAAGCUGGAGAAGUUCAGCAUCUCUGCUCACGGAAAGGAGCUCUUUGUUAACGCUGACCUUCUGAUCGUGGCAGGAAGGAGAUAUGGUUUAGUCGGACCAAAUGGCAAAGGAAAGACCACAUUACUGAAACACAUCGCCAACAGAGCCCUCAGUAUUCCCCCCAACAUCGACGUGCUGCUGUGUGAACAGGAGGUGAUAGCUGACGACACGCCGGCGGUGCAGGCGGUGCUGAAGGCGGACACCAAGCGCCUGAAGCUCAUGGAGGAGGAGAGGCAGCUGCAGGCUCUGCUGGAGAAGGGAGAGGACAGCGUGGCUGACAGGCUGGACAAGGUCUAUGAAGAGCUGAGGGCUAUCGGAGCUGCAGCAGCGGAGCCCAAGGCCCGCAGAAUCCUGGCCGGUCUGUCCUUCACCACCGAGAUGCAGAACAGACCCACCAAGAGGUUCUCCGGAGGCUGGAGGAUGAGAGUCUCCCUGGCCAGAGCCCUGUUCAUGGAGCCCACCCUACUGAUGCUGGACGAGCCCACCAACCACCUGGACCUGAACGCUGUCAUCUGGCUCAACAACUACCUUCAAGGCUGGAAGAAGACCCUCCUCAUAGUUUCCCACGACCAGAGUUUCCUUGACGAAGUGUGUACGGAUAUCAUCCACUUAGACUACCAGAAGCUCUUCUACUACAGAGGGAACUACUUGACCUUCAAGAAGAUGUAUGUGCAGAAGCAGAAAGAGAUGCAGAAACAGUAUGACAAGCAGGAGAAGAAGCUCAAAGACCUGAAGUCUGGGGGCAAGUCCACGAAACAAGCUGAGAAGCAAACGAAGGAGGCGUUGACCAGGAAGCAGCAGAAGGGCAAGAAGAAGGGCCCUCAGGAGGAGGAGAGCCAGGACGCCACAGAACUGCUGAAGAGGCCCAAAGAGUACACCGUCAAGUUCACUUUCCCCAACCCCCCGCCCCUCUCUCCACCCAUCCUGGGACUUCACUGUGUUGACUUCGGCUAUGAAAAUAAGCCUCUCUUCAAAAAUGUGGACUUUGGAAUCGACAUGGAGUCCAGGAUCUGUAUAGUGGGACCCAAUGGUGUGGGGAAGAGUACCCUGCUGCUGCUGCUCACUGGGAAGCUGCAGCCUACCAAAGGAGAGAUGAGGAAGAACCAUCGCUUGAAAGUGGGCUUCUUCAACCAGCAGUAUGCUGAUCAGUUGAACAUGGAGGAGACGGCCACAGAGUACCUGAUGAGAAACUUCAACCUUCCCUACCAGGACGGCAGGAAGUGCCUGGGACGCUUCGGCCUGGAGAGCCACGCCCACACCAUCCAGAUCUCCAAACUGUCCGGAGGUCAGAAGGCCAGAGUAGUGUUUGCUGAGCUGUCCUGUCGGCAGCCUGAUGUCCUCAUCCUGGAUGAACCUACCAACAACUUGGAUAUUGAGUCCAUCGAUGCCUUAUCGGAGGCCAUCAAUGAAUAUAAAGGAGCAGUGCUCAUCGUGAGCCACGACGCCCGGCUCAUCACAGAGACUCAGUGCACCAUGUGGGUGGUGGAGGACCGCUCCGUCGUCCAGAUCGAUGGAGACUUUGACGACUACAAGAGGGAGGUGCUGGAGUCUCUAGGAGAGACCAUGGUCAACAAGGUCAACCCAUGAGACCCUCGUCACAUCCUCAAUACACUUCAUGUGGAGCAUGUCCUCAGAGCGGCACGCAUAAUAAAACCUAUCUAUCCCCUUUAUACUGGACUGUCACAUCUUUAAGGCAUGGUGGUGGAGUGUACAUUUCUAUAAAUAUCAAGGGAGGUCAAGAUCUACUAAAGGAAAACAAUAAAAUAAAAACAUUUUU